AUGGGAAAGAUUGAACUACGAACCAAGUUUGGAGAUAUUGAAGAAAGCACUGAGUUCUUGGUCAUUGAUGUAGACACCUCCUACAAUGCUUUGCUUGGGAGACCAUGGAUGCAUAAUCAUCAUGCAGUGCCAUCAACUUAUCACCAAUGUAUCAAGUACCCGUUGCCUUCACCCAAAAAAGAGGGGACAAUUGUGGCUGACAAUGAUCCAUUUGGUGAAGUAGAGGCCUAUUAUACUGAUGCUCGCUUCUAUACAAAGACUUCACAAAGAAAGGGAAAAGAUGUGAAAAAGUCUGAAGAUACUCCAAAUGUCGAAGACGUUCUAGAGUCUACUCCAGUUUCAACAAAAAGAACUUUUCGAUAUGUGCCAAAGUCCGAAAGGAAACUGGGGGCAAAGGCUCUAGCCCCAAUAAAUCCAAUUUUGGAUCUCAAGGGUGAGUUCACGUUGCCAUUAAGGAGGACAGAAUGUACCUAUGUGGAGAAAUAUAAUAAGAUUGUGGUCCCUUCUAAAGGAAAAGGAUCGAAACCCAUCAUAUUCCACUCACUUGGAGAUGUUGAACAGAAAGUGAAAGUCGAACAAGUGCCAGAAGAAAACAUUUCGAGUUUUGAGAAGCCUAAUUUUAGUGCAAAAAUUACACAGAUGUUGGUGAAAGUUGGUUUAGAUCCUGAAAAAAUACCAGAAAUAAUGACACCCUUUGACUUUGCAUUAACACCUUCGCAGAGGCAAGCUAUCCAGCAAGGCGGUAUUAUCACCGCUAGGACAGAAGGGUUAGGCUAUCGGGGUGAUGAGGAAAAAUUUCCAGUAAACAUGACUAUCACUCAAGAUGUGUCGGAAGAUGUUGACCAAGAUGAAGCUCAACCUGCACUAAUAGAAUUUGAAGCAGGAGGCCAAGCCACUAUGGAUGACCUUCGUGAGGUAAAUCUGGGUGAUGAAGGAGAAAACAAACCAACCUUCAUUAGUGUAAAUUUAAAGGAAGAAGAAGCUCGGCAAUAUAUUUCCUUCUUAAGGGAGUAUCGUGACAUAUUUGCAUGGAACUACAAUGAGAUGCCUGGUCUUAAUCCAGAGAUUGCAGUCCAUAAGCUUGCAAUUCACCCUGAGAAACGGCCAAUCAAUAAAAAGAAUGGUCAAAUCAAGGUCUGCAUUGAUUUCUGUGAUCUCAAUGAGGCUUGUCCUAAAGAUGACUUUUCCUUGCCCAUCACUGAGCUUCUUGUAGAUGCAACUACUGGGUAUGAAACCUUAUCUUUUAUGGACGGAUACUCAGGAUACAAUCAAAUCCGAAUGGUACCUGAAGAUGAAGAAAUGACUGCAUUGAGGACUCUGAGAGGAGUCUUUUGCUAUAAGGUAAUGCCUUUUGGCCUGAAAAAUGCUGGGGCCACGUAUCAAAGGGCAAUGACUAUAAUUUUCAGUGAUAUGCUCCAUGAUACUAUUGAAUGCUAUGUCGAUGAUCUUGUCGUCAAGACAAAGGAGAAGGAAAACCAUGUAGAAGAUUUGAGAAGAAUCUUCGAACGUUUGAGGAGAUACAAACUUAAGAUGAACCCACUAAAAUGUGCAUUUGGAGUUUCCUUAGGAAAGUUUCUAGGGUUUGUGGUUUGA